GCUGCAAAUUGCCCAUCAGUUUCUGUACUCCUAAUCUGGCCGUCUCUCACUCUCUCAAAGGGUCUUUAAGGUUGACAAUUGUCUAAAACUAGAACACAAAAUUUUAGGAAAUUAGAUUCACCCAAAAAACUAGGAAAAAUAAGGUAAAUUAGAUAAGUGCACAGUCCAACCAACCCAUCUCCACUUUUUUAUUGUUUAUGGCCUGAAAUUGAUAAGAUCAAUUAAAAUCCUCUUCUGGGUGAUAAAGAUAGUGUGUGUAUGUGUGUGUUUUGAUUUGGGUUUUACAGAAUUUGGGAGAUGUCAGGUGGUGGGUGUAGCAUAGUAUGGUUCAGGAGGGACUUGAGGGUAGAAGAUAACCCUGCACUAGCUGCAGGGGUUAGGGCAGGGACAGUUUUUGCAGUGUUUGUAUGGGCACCUGAAGAGGAAGGUUACUACCAUCCUGGGAGGGUUUCAAGGUGGUGGCUCAAGCAGAGUUUGGCCCAUCUUGAUUCCUCUUUGAGGAGACUUGGGACUACCCUCAUCACCAAGAGAUCUACUGAUAGUGUCUCUUCUCUCCUUGAGGUUGUCAAAUCUACUGGGGCUACUCAGGUCUUCUUCAACCACUUAUAUGAUCCCUUGUCACUUGUCAGGGAUCACCGGGCAAAGGAGGUCUUAACUUCUCGAGGAAUAGCUGUGCGUUCCUUCAACGCAGACUUGCUCUACGAACCAUGGGAUGUUCAUGAUGAGCAGGGCCAGCCGUUCUCAACGUUUUCCACUUUUUGGGAUAGAUGCCUUAGUAUGCCUUAUGAUCCUGAGGCUCCACUUCUACCGCCUAAAAGAAUAUUCUCAGGUGAUGUGUCUCGAUGCCCUUCAGAUACUUUGGUUUUCGAAGAUGAAUCAGAGAAAGGAAGCAACGCACUUCUUGCUCGGGCAUGGUCGCCUGGGUGGAGCAAUGCUGACAAGGCAUUAACCACCUUCAUCAACGGACCAUUAAUUGAGUACGCUAAGAACCGUAGAAAAGCUGAUAGUGCUACAACCUCAUUCCUCUCUCCCCAUUUACAUUUUGGGGAAGUGAGUGUGCGGAAGGUCUUCCAUCUUGUUCGCAUAAAGCAAGUUUUGUGGGCUAAUGAAGGGAACAAAGCAGGUGAAGAGAGUGUCAACCUGUUCCUCAAGUCUAUUGGUCUUCGGGAAUAUUCAAGAUACAUAAGUUUUAACCAUCCUCAGAGCCAUGAAAGGCCUCUUCUUGGGCACCUUAAAUUUUUUCCAUGGGUAUUAGAUGAAGGCUAUUUUAAGGCAUGGAGGCAAGGUAGGACUGGUUACCCAUUGGUGGAUGCGGGCAUGAGAGAAUUGUGGGCCACUGGUUGGCUACAUGAUCGGAUACGAGUUGUAGUUUCUAGUUUCUUUGUGAAGGUUCUCCAGCUUCCGUGGAGAUGGGGAAUGAAGUAUUUCUGGGAUACAUUGUUAGAUGCAGAUCUUGAGAGUGAUGCUCUUGGUUGGCAGUAUAUAUCUGGUACACUCCCUGAUGGUCGUGAGUUUGACCGUAUAGACAAUCCACAGUGUUGUAUGCAGUUUGAAGGUUACAAAUUCGACCCCCAUGGAGAAUAUGUACGGAGGUGGCUUCCUGAACUUGCUAGACUCCCUACUGACUGGAUACACCACCCUUGGAAUGCACCUGAAUCUGUGCUUCAGGCUGCUGGAAUUGAAUUAGGGUCCAAUUAUCCUCUUCCCAUUGUGUAUAUAGAUGCAGCAAAAACAAGGUUGCAAGAAGCACUUUCAGAGAUGUGGCAGCAGGAAGCAGCUUCAAGAGCUGCAAUUGAGAAUGGAACUGAAGAAGGGCUUGGAGACUCUUCUGAAUCGACACCCAUUGCGUUUCCUCAAGACAUACAAAUGGAGGUUGAUCACGAACCAGUGAGGAACAAUCCUACUGCUGCAAUCAGACGCUAUGAGGAUCAGAUGGUUCCAAGCAUGACGUCUUCUUUUGUAAGGGUUGAUGAAGAAGAAGUCUCUUUGGAUCUCCAAAAUUCAGCAGGAGAGAGCAGGGCAGUAGUGCCUAUGAAUGUUAACGCAAAUCAAGAACCAAUAAGAGAAGCAGUAAACCAUGGGUUUAUGCGACCAGUUCGAACCUACAACACUCCGCCACAAUUUAAUAUCACAACAGGGCAACGAAAUGGUGAAGAUUCCAUAGCGGAAUCUUCAAGUAGUAGCGGUCGGAGAGAAAGGGAUGGGGGUGUAGUGCCAGUAUGGUCCCCCUCAACCUCAAGUUAUUCUGAGCAGUUUGUUGGUGAAGAAAAUGGAACUGGUUCAUCUUACUUGCAGCGGCAUCCUCAAUCUCACCAAAUAAUAAACUGGCAGCGGCUUUCUCAAACAGGGUAAAACUCCUUUACAUGAAAAGACAAGAAGCUAGGAGGCGGAGGAGAAUGUGAUGUAGCUAGACCUAUGGCAAUUGGGAUCGGCGCCCCAUGUACAUCUUUAUCCACCCCUUACUCCUCUUCGCGACCAGUCUGACCUGGCCAACAGUUUAACAUCGGUCAUGCAUGAGAUUUCAAAUUGGUGCAGGCAGCUCUCAUCCACAACUUUUCGUAUCCCGUUGUACAAUAUUCGUAGCUCUGCUGUAUAGUUAUUGUUGUUUACGCAAGUGGAUAGAAGAGUCAUAAUAGGAUGUUCAUGCAAUUCUCUAAUAAACCCAGGUUUGUGCUUUUGUUGAUGAUGGUCUCAUAAACUCGUUUGCCCAAGGUGGACGCUAAGCAGCCACAGAAUGAUAUUUCAGUCCAUGUUUAUGUUAUUUAUCCAUUUUCUUCGCUUAAUUUUGAUUUCACCGGUGGUUGCCAUAGGCUUAAAGAAUCAUGUUUGACUGGGCUAAACAGGUUUCAGAAUUGGCAACCUAACUUAUAAUUUUUCAUAUGUAUUGUUUCAGUGACCUGUGAAAGCGAAUGUACUCUGUCAACCUAUAUUCUGUAUAAUUUAACGUCAUUUUCAUUUUUCUUGGAAA